AUGUUCAAACUGACUAAAUCAAAACUAAAUCAAUCGAUCAGGUCUAAACUACUUUCAAAAAUAAGAAGAUUCAUUUACUCACCUACCAGCGUCGUACUAGGCCGGUGCUGUCCUUCGUACACUUUUCAAAGAACCAAGAGGAAUUUCAAAGAGAAAGUCCAAAAACAACGAUUUGUUGUGAUUGAGGACAAGCAAACGAAAAGCAAAUAA